AUGCCGGGCUCUGAUUGUAAGAUCAAUGCGUACGCUGAUGAAGUAGUACUCAUCGUCAGAGAAACGGCCUUCGGAAUCAAACUGACGGAGGUUCGAGUGCCGAAGCACACCAUCAAGGAUCAUCCGGUGCGGCUCGAGUGCCAUUACGAAAUGGAAGGCGAAGCGCUCUAUGCGGUCAAGUGGUACAAGGACGGCAACGAAUUCUAUCGCUACGUGCCAAGAGAUAAUCCACCGGCCCAGGUUUUUCCACUCAGUGGAAUCAACGUCGAUGUGCAAAACUCUACCAACGACCAAGUGGUGCUGGAUCCAAUCGAGCUGUCCUCCAGCGGGAAGUACCGGUGUGAAGUGUCUGCUGAAGCUCCGUCCUUCCAGACCGUGUCCGACCACGGCGAUAUGACUGUCGUAGUGCUUCCGGACGAGGAUCCGCAUAUAACCGGCGGCAAACCGCGCUACCAGAUCGGUGACUAUGUGCGAGUUAACUGCACUUCCGGCCGGUCCAAGCCGGCGGUGCAUUUGACCUGGUAUAUCAACAGCGAACCGGUUGAUCCGGCCCUGAUCCGACAGUACGAGCCCGUCGUGUCCGGUCCGGACCGGCUGGAAACGUCCAUCCUGGGGCUGGAAUUUCGCGUCAAACCAAAACAUUUCAAACGAGGCGAUAUGAAGCUUAAGUGCCUCGCUACGAUCUCAACCGUGUACUGGAAAAGUAACGAGGAAAGCGUCGAAGGGGACAAACCGCAGAAGGCACCGAUGCUCGAGUCGCGGAAGGCCGUCUCCUCCAACACUCGGGCGGACCGAGUUCAAGAUGAAGCUGAAAAGGUUAGCCGGAGGGAACCGGGCGGGGAUCAGGGCAGGAUUAUGCUAUAA